AUGGAACUUCAAGAACGUAUUAUUAUAUUUUUUGCUGCCACUUUUCUAUGGGUAAGUUGACAAAAUUAUAUCAACUUUAAUAACCUGUGUUUGUUAAAUUAAUUACUGUAUUAUAAAUUACAGUAUUUACAAUAGAGAACAAUUAUGGUGAUUAUAUGUUCAAAAAAAAAUAAAAAUAAAAAAAUAAAAAAAUUAAAAAAUAGAUAGUUAUCUUUCAUGUAUUUCAACAUAAGGAAGUAGAUAUAUUUAAUUUAGUUUUUUUUUUUUUUUAAGUUAGGAACAAUUUUUCGUCAUUUUUUGAAUUUGUUUAUAAUUUUAACAAUUGAGCAAAAUCGAAAAAAAAAUGCUGAAACUACGGGACAAUUUACGAAAAUAAUUUUUUUAUUAUUUUUAAUUAAGUUUUUUUAAUGGAAUUUAGUAUAAUAUCUUCAUAAAGACUUGAAAUUUUGAUAAAAAACUUACAUUUGCUUUUUCUAGACUAGAUAAAUUUUCAAAACAUUUGAGCUAUUUUUGAGCUAAUUAUAGAUAUUUUAAUUAGGCAAGUUUUUUACGUAAUUUUUAUUUUAUAGAUACUCUGUGAAUAAAAUUGUUUUACUAAACAGAAUGUUUCAACAUUUAACAUAAAGGUUCAUUAAGUCGUACUUUGUGGUCAAAAAAUAAAAAAUUGUGCUUAAUGUAUUAAAAUUUUUUUUAGAUUCUGAGUGUAGCGAAGAAUAUAUUUGUUUUACUAAGAUGUUUAUUUUUUUUUAUUUUUUUAUAUUGUGUACAAAAAUUCUACCAGAAAUCUUGCUCCGGUAUAUACGCACGACAUCAUUACUAAAAGGAUUUCGGAAGGUCAUUUUUUAAUUUUCUUAGCAGUUUUCAUAAUGUCUAGGAAAAACUAGAAUAAAACGUAAGAAAAGCGGAAAAUUUACGAGAAUAAUAAUUUUAUUAUUUUUCAAUCUCGAUAUUUGUUGAAAUUCAGUUAAAAAUAUUCGCAUCGACUCUAUGGAUUUGAAAUUCGGAUAGAAAAUGUCUAUUUGCCCUUUAUAGACGUGAUAAAUGUUUAAAAAAUAUAAACCAUUUUUGAGUUAUUUAUAGACAUUUUAAUUUUGCUUGUUUUGUACGUAAUUUUUUAUUCGGUAGAUGCUCUGAGGUAGAAUUGUUAAACUUAAUAGAAAUGAUUGAAAAAUUAACAAGAGGUUCAUUAGGUCGUAGUUUGUGGUAAAAAAAAAAAAUGGAGUUUAAUGUAGGUAGUAGUAUUUUUUUUUAUAUAAAAGGAUUUUAAUAUUAAAUUUUCACGAAAAUCGUUUGAGUAAAUAAAUACGUGGAACAAAUUUUAUUUUUUAAAUAUUUUUCAAAUGUCCAAGGAGUUUUACUAGCAAAUGUGAAAACCGGAAAAAAUGCAGGAAGAACGGGAAAAUUGGUUUAAUAUUAAAGUUUUAAACAAAUAUUAUUACAGAAAAUAUAUAAUGCUUAUUUAAUUAUUUUAUCAUAAUAUGGCAUAUAUAUUACUGUUGACAAAGCAUCACUGUCAACUGAACUUCGCUCAGAAUCGGUUUUUCGUUAGAAAUGGUUUAUCAUUGCUUACAAAUAUACGUUAAAUUACCUAUAGCAGUGGCUACACUCGGCUCCAAUAUUGUAGGACGUCUUUUUUUUUAAGUUUUAAAAUCAAAUUUUUACGAAAAUCGUAAAUAUUUACGGCUUUAUAAAAUUUGUAUGAUCGAACUUCGCUCCGAAUUGUUUUCCGUUAACAAUGGUUUAUCAUUAGUUACAGGUAUAAAUUAAAUAACUUAAUGUAUCCCACCUUCCCCAUUACCCAUCUAUAACAAUGACCACACCCGUUCACAGUAUCAUCUCUUUUUUUUUUAAUUAUUCAAUUUGUUCAGUAGAUCGUUAUUGUUAAGAAAUAAAAUUAUUAUUAAUAGAUUAUAGUUAUGUAAGUUUUAAGUGUAAAAUUUAAAAUACGAUAUCGAGAAUUUUUGUAUUUAUCACUCCUUUUUUUGAUUUAUCACUAUUUUCAAUGAAAGAGCAAUUUUUAUCAUAAAACGAUUUUUCGUAAUUAUUUAUUUUAAAAAUACAUUAACCGAAAGGUAAAUAAUAGAUACAUUUUAUACAGUUUUAUUUUAAACGGAGCAGGAAAUCUAUUCUUUUUAUAUUUAGAUAAAUAUAAGUUUUACUACAUGUGUGUAUUUUUUUUUUUAAACACAUUUUCUUAUAAAAAAACUUGCUCCAAUUGUAAAAUGAUAAGAGGCCUUAUUUUGUUUGCAUUUUGUAUUUAGUUGAAGGCAAAUAUUUGCCACGCCACGGCAUUACUAAAUUCAUUGUUUUUAAUUUGUACGCACUAUGUUUUUUUUACCAGAGAUAUUGCUUAAUUCAAAAACCGUAAAAAGACCUCAUUUGUGGUAUUUUGAAUCUUGUUGAUAAGUAAAUAAGACAUUAUUUUGAUAUUCCUAUUAGUUUCCCUAAAAUUGAGUAAAACCGAAAAGAUAUAUAAAAAAACGGACAUUUUUAAUUAACUAAUAAUGGUUUCAUUAUUUUUAAUUUUGUUCUUAUGAUAUUAUUCAUAUAAAAAUAUUCGUAGAAAAUGUGUGUUUGUCUUUUCUAGACGUGAUUAUAUGAGGUUAGAUUUUUAAGCUAUUUGUAGGCAUUUUAUGUUUGCAACUUUAUUAUGUGGAUAUCAUUGUUUGACCAAACAGAAAUGCUGCUCCAUCACGCACGCUCCUGAGUAUUGGAAUUUCUACUCAAAAACCAUACCAACGAUUGUUAUAUCGUUUAUACAGAUUUGUAAAUAUAAAAUUUUCAUUUGUACAUUGCGAUUUGACAAUUGUGAGUGCUGGCGUGACAUCACGUAGACACUCACAGUUAAAAAUUAAUUUUAUAAGGGUUGGAUAAUUACUGCAGCGUGCAGCUUAAACAUUAUAAAUAACAUGAGAUACGGCUUGAGGAAAGUCUUUUCUGGUUGCUAACCCAACGAUUUUUUUUAUAGUAAAAUCAAAAAAACAAUCUAUUGGCAACCCGACAAGUCGUAUAAUAGUCGUAUAGGUACCCUAUCAAAACGAACGAUAGGUACUUAGGCGAUUUGUUUGUUUUUAUUCUGACAUAGGUACUUACGUAGAUCAGAGUGAUAUACACGUCACAGUCACAUUUAUCUGUCAAUAUUUUGUUUGUUAGCAAACCGACAGAACCGUCGUCGUUUUACGCAGUAUUUAGAAAACGAAUAAUGUGCGUCAAACAUAUUAUAAUACAUUAAUACCAACGUAUAGUUUAUUAUAACCUGACAAACAUUUGGUAACGCGAGAAUAAUGAGAGUAUAGAUAACAGUGAUGCAAUCGGGACGUAUUAUAUAGUUGUGUAAUUUAUUUCUAUUAAAAUUUCAGAGGUUUCUUAUUUAACAUUUAGUAACUUGCUAUACCAAAAACUUGUCCAGCAAUUUUUUCGAAAAUCAUACUUCUUCUCUCCCCCCCUCCUACAGGAAAUAAAUCCUACUUGCUUUAGUAUUAGAUAUACUCCAUUUUUCAAUAAAAUAUUAUUAUUUAGGAAUAAUAUUCUAUUUGAUUUAUUAUUUAUAUCAAUACUGAUUUUAAUUGGGAUGGAGUGUCCUGCAGAACAGCCCGAAAAAUGCCUACAAAGUAGUCUGGUUCAUGAGUAACAUGUUAAAAAUUGUUGUUUCUUAACGAGAAAAAAAAAGUUUGAUUAAUAUUUUUACAGCAGGAAUUUAGGAAUAGAUUUUUAUUUAUUGAUAGUGAUAGCUUAUUCAAAAUAAGCUUAAUCUAUUACUAACAGUAAUAGUCUCAAUACAUAUAUGUGUAUAAGUUAAAACAAACCAAAAUACCACUAAAAUAAUAAUAUUUCGAAAUAAUCAAUACCUAGUAUUUUAAUAUUGUAUGAUUGAUGAGGAAAGGCUUUUAGAAAUAGAAAAUAUUACAAACGUCAAUUAUUGAUAUCGAAUUCGAUUACAAAAAUUUACCAGAACUUAUCAGAAUUUCUUUUAUGCAGUUCUAUAGUAUGAAAUGUCGAUAGGUACAUUACAAUGUACCUAUACAUUUAUUAUGAUUCCGCCAUUAAUACAAAUACAAAUCUAUAUCUAUAUCCUGUGUAAAUAUUUUCGUUAUCAAACAAUUUGUUUUUAAGUAAUAAUAAAAUAAAAAUAAAAUACUUUUGAACACUUCGGGCCACUCAUAAGUCAUUUGCCCGGUUUCCAGACAGGCCACUUCACCCUUAGUUAGGGGUUUUGAUAUUAUAGAAAUUAAUAAUAUUAUUAGUUUCACUAUUUAUCCUCCAUAGUUUCCUAUUAAAUUUAUGACCAACGGAGUUUCAUUUGCAGUCUUAGUAACAGUCGUGAUAUAAGAUGCUACUGAUUUUAACUAUAUUCAGUGUUAUUUUAUUUAUAUAUAUAUAUAUAUAUUACCUACUUACAUGUUAUAAUAUAAUUUAUUUUGUUGUUAUGGCAAUAAUAGUGGUAAUACAAACAUCCAGAAGUCAUAUAUAUAUAUAUCCAGAGGCAUAUAUAUAAAUAUAUACUUUUAUGCGUACUACACACAUCAUAUCUAUCUAUAACAUAUCAUAGGUAUCUUCAACCCCCCCCCCCUUUAAUGGUAUCAUUUUAGUUUUUGAAACUGAAACUCGCAAAUAAUUUUAAUUUACAUUUUUAUCAAUGUAUUAUCAUACUUAAAACAAAAGAAAAACACUGGAUUCUAAAUUAAUAAAACACCUACAAUAAAGACGUAAUUUUAGAUUUUCUCUAAAGGGAUCAAAUAAGAAUAUAUUUUUUUAAUACAUCAACUUAAAAUAAUUUUAAAAAUACAUAUCUAAAACAAUCUACUUAUCAUAAACACAAUUAAUAUUAAUUAAUUACACAUAUGAUCAGUUUUGUUUCAUUAUUUUCAUAAUAUUUACCUUAUGUCCUAACCAUAGACAAUACAUAAUGUAAUACCAAUGAAUAAAAUAAUUAACGGUCGAUAAUUAAAAGUACUUUUAAUCUAUUCUGUGUCUUUAUUAUCUUUGAAAUAUUUGAUAACUGUCAACAUUUUACGAGUCAACAUGUUGUUUAUUUAAAAUUUUGAUGGUAAAUUUUUUUUCCGAAUAAUAAUUAAAAGUAUAAAAAGUAAGGAACUCAAAGUUUCACGUCACACAGGCUCUAUCAGGGCACAGAUGCUUGAGGUACUACCUAUGCCGCAUGGAGCGGCCUCGGACUCAGUGUGCUUCUACUGUCAACAUCCGGCAGAUAUGUCUGUGCUUAGCCAUAUCUGUAUAGUGUGCUUACUCUCUUUAACUGCUUGCACUGCUUGCACCCGGUCAGCAGUCGGGGCGUUUAUGGGCAGCAAGAAUGUCACUCCUGACGACGUUCAGAAUCUUUCCUAUGGACCAGCGCAUUCCACGCCGAUACCAAGAUCACGUCAGGUAUGGCCAACUCACAGCCGCUUCUGCUCGUGGAACUUAGUCGUUUUUGUCAAUGGUAGAGGAUAUCCUAUGCCACGAACAGCAGGACGAGAGAAUCAGUGAGACCGAGGCGAGAGCCAACUGGUGACCACACACUGCAUGGCCUUCCAGGCAACCAGGCGUUCACUCCGCCGGCCGAGAAAAGCACCACGAACGAUUCCCCAGACCAGCGUUUUAACCAGGUCGUAAAAGGAUAGGUCCCCACCUAGACUAAGCUUGCGAGGGGAUGUUGAUAGACGACAGUCCCACAUCUCCAUAAUGUUGAUUUAUCUAACAUGGUAUUAUUCAGCUUUCUCCCAAGAAGAAGGCGUUAAUUAUAUAUACGAUAAGCUAAUUUAUAAGUUAUUUAAUAAACGAUAGCAGCAGUGAGCGAAAUAUUGUAUUAAAUAGACCCCUUACUACUGUCAGUUAUAGCUGGGGGAAAAAAAGAUGUUUUUAUGUCAAAUACGUACUGAAUAUUAUAUAUUAAGAAAAUGUAUAUAUGGAUCAAUUUCAAUUUUGCUUUUCUCAUUAUAUAGCAAAUGUCGUUUUCAUCAGUGAUCGAUGCUGAAGAAUUAUCGUCGACCGUAACCCUUGAAAAUUCAAGGUUAACUGUAGAUAAUUCUGCUAAAACUACAACCAGUAUUUAUGACAUCACCGUUAAGGAUUUGAAUGGGAACGACGUUUGCCUAAAUAAAUACAAGUAAGUGUAUCCCAAGGGAGUUAUAAAUGUAAACGCAAUGUCUUUUCGUUCGUAGAAAAAUUGAUUAUUGAUUAAGCCAUUAAUAAUUUUCGCCGGAAAUUUUGUGGUAAUUUAGGGAUGUUAUAUUUUUAUCUAGGAGUUUUCCCAAUAAAUGGAAAAAAAUCCGUUCCAGAAUCUCUUAUUUUUUUGUUGUUAUUCGGUUAAAGAUAAUUAGACCUGAUAUUUUCACAGAAUACUUAUAUUAGCCUAACUUUUUAAUAUUAAGUGUUCUUUGAUCUGCUCUUUUUGGCAUAUUAAAUUCUGUAUAGUACAAUAAAUCCACAGCACAAAUAAUUAUAAGUAUUAUAGCAUUACUAAAAAUUUAUUUUUAACCAUUGUAUAUAUUUUUUCGUUGUAGAGGUCAAGUAUUGCUCAUUGUAAAUUAUGCAUCAGCAUGUCUCUUUACUAGUGAAAACGUGAACAGUCUAUCAGAACUGGCUCUGAAAUAUGGACCUCAAGGCUUAAAAGUGCUGAUAUUCCCUAGCAACACUUUCUAUGAAGUAAGAUAGUUUGUAUGAUAGAAUUUGAACAUAUGACGGUCGUUUAUCGGUUUUAACGAUUGGAAAAUCAUAUUUGUUACAAAUCAUUAUAUUUAUCAUAUAUUAGAAAAAAUAAAUAAGUAACAAGGUGAAUUUGUUAGCGAAUAUUAAAUGAAAUCAUUACACGGAAACGAUCAUAAUUUUAUUAUAAUGUUAUAAUAUAAGCUCAUUAGCCAACAAUUUUAAGUUCCAAAAUAUUAUACGACAUUAGUCAUUAUCAUGGUCGAGAAUGUUCACAUGCCACGAUACAAUACAUUUCAAUAUUUAUUUCUCGAUUUAACAAUAAAAUUUCUCAAUCCACUACCUCAAGAAUUUCAUACUACUAAGCACGUCUUCUCACUUAGAAGUCUAAUUAUUUCAUUAUAUUUAUACUUUAUAAAUAUCUAUUAUCCACAUGAUGGUAUUUUAUUAAACACGAAUCCAUGUCCAAUAAAUGUGUACUAUCAGGAACAUAAGGGUUCAGUUUAUAUGUUAUAUAUUUGUAUUUGUCCAAUGCGAGUAUAUUGCCGAAUAUGUUUAAUAGUUUCUUAGCCAAUAAUAAACUCGUAAAUAUUGUAAAUUAUGAUUAUUAUGUUUUCCUUUCACCCAAUAAAUAUUACAUCNGCUAACACAGACUUGUUGUACGUAUAUCUCAAAAAGCAAUUGCCUGAUAGUGCUUUAGGGACGUCGUAAGUUAUCUGAAGUAGUUUACUUUGUGAAUCUUUCAUAUAAUAAAGUAUACAAUACAUUCAUUUUAGAGCUAUUUUGUGGAAUUUCGUUAAAUUUCUUGUGGACAGUGCUGGGACGCCUUAUCAACGUUUUGCUACACAUGAUACAUUUGCGGUAACUAAUUUAACUAAAAAUAAAAUAUUAAAUAGAUUCUAUCUAACGCAAAUUAAGCAUAUGUUUAAAGCGCUAUAUUUCAAACACAUGUUUCACUUCCGUAUAAUUAAAACACUUAAGAAAAAAGUUUUCAUUAGGUUUUUUCUAACAUUUAGAUAAAUUUUCAAUGAUCAAAACAGGCACUUCUUUUUCUAAAAUACAUAUUUGACCUAUCCAAUACCGCUUUAUAUUUCUCUUGAGCAUAGUCCAUCAAUUAAGAUAUUUUUAUUCAUUGUCCUAUUAUAAUUUAUCAUUAUUUCUUCUACAGACACAAAUAUAUUUUUUUUUUUUUACUGAACUCGUUUUCCAUUAUUCUAUUUAGUACGCAUAAUAUUUUGUAAACUUCUUCAUUUAACGUUGGAGAUUUUCUUCUUUUAAUUAUUUCUUAUUAUUCCCUUACUGCUUGUCUCGUAAUAUUAUUAUUUACGUUUUUAUCUAUGUAUGAGUUUUUCCAGGUAACUUGUCCAACCUUUAAGUACAGAAGUAGAAGUUCUUUUUGUUGAAAAUAAAUAUGGUUUUCACUAUUCCAUAGGCUUUAUUCAUAUUUUAUUUUUUUAGCUGUUAAUUUUUAUCUUCAAAUGCCUCCUUCUUUUCCUUGUAUUUCAUACUGAUUCUAUUCUGUUGGUCAGGAUUAAAUACGUACAUAUAGAAUAUGAUAAUAAGCACUUAUGCUUACAAAAUUAAGUAGGAUUGUACAUUAAUUUUUGAAAUGUCGAACAGUUUACUUUCAAUACAUAUUACUAUCUUAGUCGAAUAACUUGAAUUUGUUUAUUUGUAAUUUAUAACAAAUUAAUACACGACAAUAUAUUUAUUAUAAUUCCUAUUUUUGUCCCAUCCUCAUGUAAUAAUAUUUAUAAAAAUACAGUUUGUCAACAAUUGUUCAUCAUAAACUUAACCUAACCAAACUAUAAUAAAAUAAAUCUUAUUAAAUUCAUCAUAUUAUUUUAUAUGAUAUUGAUGAAUGAUUACAGUACUAGAGAUAAAUAACAAUUAAUUGUUUUGAUUUUUAUUGUUAAAGAACAUAGAAGAAGCGGUGAAGAAACUCUUGGUUUAGAUUAAAUUACAGAAUUAAACUAUGUAUUACACUAUUCAUUAUUAAUAAUAAUAAUUAAUUUUAACUAAUCAAUAAUUUUACUUUGUUUUAUUAUUUUAUAAUAUAUUAUACUUCAAAGAUAAGGUAAUGCAUUUAACUGACAUGAUAUGUGACUGAUUGUAAUUGACUUGUAAAAUAAAUAAUCUUUACAAGUUAUUAUAAUAGUAUUUAUUUAACAAAAGAACUUUAUAUUCCUAUAAAAUACUUUUUAUAUUUUUUGUAAAGUCAUUGAAACCAUUUUUCCAAACAUAUCCAUCUUCAUCCAUAUCGAUCUUCUGCUACCCCCCUACCUCCCGCUAAUUUUAAUUCCUAUGUUAAAAUUCUGAGAAGUUUAAAAAAUCCUUCUAAACGAAGUAUUCCAAACGAAGUCAUGGUUUUAUACGUAACACAUUUCUUCAUGGAUUUUUAACUAUGCAUUUUAUAAUGAUAUUUAUUAUUAUUUCCAAACUUCUAAUAAUUGUUAUUUUAGUUUCUCUUUAUUGAUUAAUUUUUAUGUGAUAAAGGCGACAUAGUAAAAAGUUAUACCUACACUUUAUAGUUUGGAUUAGGUACUAUAAGUACCACAUCACAAUUAAUUCGCAUGUUUCUUAAAAUGGUAGGGGGGGGGGAAAGUGAGAUGUUUAUGUAAAAUAUGCAAACAUUUUUCACUCCCCUUCUAGGGGCUUUUCCAGAACUGCCAUUAAUAUCGAGCAAUGCGGAUUAUGUUUCUAAACCAACAUGAUGUUUUCAAUUUAUUGAAAAUAAAAGUAAAUUACGUCAAUAUGAUAACUAAAAAUGUUAGUUUUUAUAAAGAUCGUUCACUACUUUAAAGUAACCAUUUAAAAUCAAUAUUGUACGAGCUAAAUUCUAAAAAAUUUGUUAGUGUACAUGAUUUGUAAGGUAUCAUAAUACAGAUACCAAUUGAAUUAAAAAAUGGUGUAAGUUACGUGAAAAAUCAAAAAAAUCAAACAUUUUACUACCAAAAUAUACGCGGUAUUAGCCAAACUGGAUGUUUUUUACUCAAAUAUUGUUUUGAUUGAUUACGAUGCAAUCGAUUUAACUGAAAAUUAAUUACCUUAUAGGAUUAGUGAUAAUGAACUCAGUCUACUUUCAACUUAUUCAAUUUUUUGCUGUGGUAGGGGCGAUAUCAGUGGAACUAACACAAAUAUCAGAGGAAGUGACAUUUUAAUUGCAGUCAAAUAUCAGUUAUUUAUUGUAUUACACAACAAAUAUGUCUAUAAUAUAAACCAGGUGAAGCAUAAUUAUUUAAUUCUAAUAACGGAUCUCUACUGCUCAGGGAUGUUUACUGUUUUUCUAUAACAAUAGGUAUUAUAUUUAAUAUUACUUAGUAGGUGUAAAUUUGUAUUAAUUAUCACUAUUAUAUUAAUUAUACAAUAAUACAGUAUUGAAUUGUUUGCUUUAUUGACAUUUUACUAAUAAGCCUAGUAUAAUACGAACAAAUAAUUUCUUUUAAAUUUAUAAUCAUCCUUCGAAAAUUUAAAGAUGAAUCUAUACAAGUACUUACGAUACACAUUAUAUAAUAUGGCGUGUGUCACAGUCGAUGUAACAGUGAUAGCACUUUUUUAAAUUAGAUUUUUAAAAAUAUGGAAAAUAAUAUUCUUUAAAAAUUUAAAUGGCAGGUCUUUGACGCACCCGUGAAAAAUAUCUAACAGUUUCACAAUUCUGUAAAUGUUUAUAAAUACCAACUAUGUGUAUCACUUUGUAUCGUUGGCAGUUGAUUGAACACGUGACAUGAAAGUAAAAGCAUCGUAGUAACAUUUAUUAUCUUUAGAAAUAAUAUGUAUACCGAAAAACUCAUUAUCGUAAAACCAAUAACCUAGAUACUAACAUCAUUCUAACUUAAAAAAUGUAUUCCUAAGGUUUAUAGCUAUGGGUAUUUUGGAAUUCCUCUAGUCAAACCCGUUGACUUUCCAACAAAAGAAAAACGAAUAAAAGUAUUUUUUAAUAUUUUUCGAAAAUGCAAAUCAUCCUUUUCAAAUAUAUGUUAUAUAUUGUUUUAAACUAAAGACGUAUAGGAACUUUAAUAGAUCAAACGAAUAGUCUGAUACAUUUUAAACAGAAACUUAUUAUACUCAUUUUAAUAAAAUUGCUUCGUCAACAAUUUUCGAAACUUUGAUUAAACGUUUUAAAGUUUUAAUCGAGGUUUUAAUACUAUACAAUAAGCCAAUAUUUAUAAAUAUAAGGUAUUUUUAUAACGUGGGCAAAAUUCAUAUAAACUGGUUUAUACAAUUUGAUCUCAAAAUCGUGUUUAAUAAUAUGUAAAUACUAGUUUCAACGAUAAUGAAUUAACAAUUAAUCUGACAUUUCUCGGUUAUCAAUAAAACUAAUUAAUAUUAAGAAUGUGUACAGUGUACAGCAUAAUAAGAAAAAAAACCCAUCAUAGUACUUUUCUUAGUAACAGUAACUUUCACUAUGGCAAUAAAAAGUCUUAACAACCAAAACGUAUUCUUGAAUAGUUAGUCGCACCAUAGUUACAAAUAAAAAAGUUAGGAACAAUCAAAAUAAAUUAAUAGAACAAAAAAAUCGAUAAAACCUUAACAGCAUUUCAUUGCGGAGAGUUUAUAAAUGAUAAUGAUAAGGAAAACUGGUCAGCCAACACAGAGCAAAAAAAAGGGGGCAAUUUUCGGUUUCGUUCAAUUUUUAAAAAAACUGUAAAGAAAAUCAAAAAACGAGUUUUGGUCACUAACUAGGUAAAAAAUUGAAUAAAAAAUAUCUCUUGAUAUUUUUCUAUUGGAGCAAUAUUUUUGUAGAGAACAUAAGCCAUAAAAAUUUAAAAUAAUGAAAUCGUAACAUCAUAAAAUUUGUUAGUUAUUAUUUUAUGUUUCUUUCAGGUCUUUCCUUAUUACUACAAAAACUAAAAAAAAAAAAAUUAAAAACUAAUAACUACACGUGAAUAAGAUUAAAAAUUAACAAAAAAAAUCUCUUAUUGAUUAUACUUUGGAGGAGCAAUAUUUACGGUAAAAUGUAAAAAACAUAAGAAGUAAAAAUUUUAAAUAAUAAAAUCUUUGUGCCGUAAUUUGAAAAAAAAAAUGUAAUUUUUUGUUUUUCUCAAUUAUCAUGAAAAAUACUUAAUAUAUUAAAAAACGCCUUUCUCAGUCAGUGGCUAUAUAUUUAAAGGAACAAAAUCUAUCUCUUGUUACUUUUUGAUUGGAGCAAUAAUUCUGGUAGAGAUUAUCAUGUAUAAAAAUUUAAAAUAAUCGAUAACGCCGCGACGGCAAUAAAUAUUUACCUUUUUAAUUAUAAUUUUCUUUUGAGUUUUUUUUGAUUAUUUAAAAACACUUCGGAAAAUCAAAAAAUGACAUCUUUAAUUAACAAUUUGUACAGAGUUUUCAUUUAGAAAAUGUACUACACGUUGUAUAUCGGAGCAAGAUACCUUUUCGAAAAGUUGUUUACCAGAAAAAAAUAAUGUCAUAGUAAAAUUAAUAAAUCUUCGUUCAUAUUUAAGUCUAAGAUGGAAGACAAAUAGUUAUGAUGGCAUUAUUGCUCAUUUUGUAUUUGUUUGUCCCGGUUCAUCUGAAAAAUACUAUUAGUUAGAAUGAUAUUAGAUAGUUAGAAUUGAUGUCCAAAAAUUAAAUGGCUAUAAAAGAAAAAUUGAUUUUGUUUAAAAUACGUUCACACUUAAAAAAGAGAACACGGUUCAUAACGAAGUGUGUAUUGUAAUAAAAGGCUAAUAGUGAAAAAAGUUACAAAAUAGAAAUAAAGUACAAAAUGAGUCAAACAAUAAUAUAUGAGGAAAAGUGAGUAAUGUAAGUUGCAGUCCUGUAUUUAACUUCCAUGUAUACUCAAGAACCUAAUUAUAUCAAAAUUUGAAGGACAAUCCAAAAGAUUUUUAACGUUCGACAUAAUAUUUAAAGAAAACUACUUACGAGUAGUUUCGCGUGUCUAUAAGCUUUAAUAUUAUACUAAUAAGAUUUCAAAUAUGUAACUAUUUUAAAAGAAAUCUAAAUCACAUUAAUUUACCAAAUUUAAUUUAUUUAAAAUUAGAAUUGUAUGAAUAUUUUAAUUUACAAUUAUUUAACAAGUGAUAUAAUUAUGAAGUUUCACAAUGCUCUAAAAAUAAAUAAUAUAUCUAGCUGGAUAGAGUAUAGUCCAGAUAUUUUGUUUGUAUCACUAUUUCUAUAACUCACUGUGAAUAUUUAAUGAAAUAAUUAUAUAAAGGUACCAUUUCAAAUUUUCUUUCUAUUAUUAAAUUAACUUAAUAUUAAGUAUUGUUAAAUUUUUAAACAAUCAAUAUAGAUUAAUAUUCAAUUGAUCUAAAUGUUUAAAGAUUAAAACAAUUAUAAGAUUUGAAUCAAAUUAAAAUAAACUUUAAAAAAAUAAGUACAGUAUUAUCUCUAGAUUAAAUUUGCAAAUGUUUGAAUUUAUUAAUAAAAAUGAUUUAUUCAAUUGUAUAGUAAUUAUUUUUCGAAUGACAUUUUUUUUUUUUUUUAAUACCUAAACGGAAUAACGCCUUUAUAACAAAUUAUUUAUGUAAAAUGUAUUACCUACGUAUUAAAAACUAUUUGUGGUACCUACUCAAUUAAAUCAUGACGUUACAAAUUUUAUAUUAUUAUUUAAACUAGUUGAUCUACUCAUAUAUGCGUCGUAUAUGACAAACUUAACACACAAAUACAUAUUUGUUAAAUAUAUUGUGUAUACUACAACUAGAUAUUCAUUAUAUACACUAAAAUUGAUUAAAUAUAAAAUAAUAGUAUAGCAGCCAUAGACAUUGAAUUUACAUUAAGUAUACAGAAACUACUAUUUUUUUUUUAAAUCGCAUAUCACAUAGUUAAAAGUAUAGGUAAAUGCAAUUCUUAUUUACUUACGAAGUAAUUUAUGUGUUGGAACAUUUGUCUGUCAAUUAAAGAAACAAGUGUCAUAUAUUGACAAACGUUAACUUGUCGGCAUAAACGAAUUUACGCAACAGUCAUGAACACAUAGGAUAUAACAUCACAAAAUCACAUUUUUAUCCAACAAUUUCAAUGUAAAGUUAAAGCAACACUACCAUGGAGAUUACAAUUAAUAAAUUAUAUUUAAUUACUGCGUUGUUGGUAAGUUAAUGAAUUAUAAAUUAUAAUAUUUACAUAUUCACUGUUUUUAUAGGUAUAAUAAAUAAUACUAAACAAGACUCAAUAAAACAAAUGAAAUUAAACCUUGCGUUGUGGCACAAUUUUAAAAAUUAUAUGUUAUUCAUAAAGACAUUUUUAUUAGGCAAAGAAAAAUAAUUAAAACCGCUUUAAACUUAAAUUGUACAAAUAGUUUAAGGAACUAUAACAUACAAAUCAAAAUCUAUCCACAAAUCAUUAAUUAUUAUAAUAAAAAAAUGUUUUUCUUAAUAGCUAACAUCAAAAUUGUUAACCAAAUGUGAAGACAACAUUGAAAGUUUGCGAAGUAUUAAUAUUAACCAUGGACUACCGCCAAUAUCCGAUAACGACGAUCAAUCAAAACAGUUACAUAACUUAAAUCACUUAAAAAACAUAGAACCAAGUAAUCACGAAUCAAUAACAAAUAUUCAAACUAACUUACUACAGCCAGGUAGUUUAGGUACACAAUUACUAAAUAAUAAUGAUCAAAACAACAAAGCUUAUUAUAAGGAUGAAGUAGUUCUUCAAAAUAAAGAUUCAAUUUCUAAUUAUGAAACCAAAUUUCAUAAGACACAGGAGAUGAAUCAUGAAUUAAAUGAUGAUGUAUUAAUAACUUCUCAUAAUCCAGAUACAUCUACAAAAGUAACGAAAGAAACGAUCAUAAAUAAAACUGAAAAUAAUAAACUUGGCAACGAAAAAAAUCAAAGUCAAUCGCAGAUGGAUACAUAUAGGUUUAAUAGAAACAAAAUAAAAAUAAUUGAUAUGGAUAACCCUGAAAUUACUAAAUCUCAAACAAUAUCUCAAAUUAAUCGUUUGGAAAAUAACGAAUCUAGCUCUGGAGAAAAACAAAGUCAAUCGCAGAUGGAUACGGAUAGGUUUAAUAGAAACAAAAUAAAAAUAAUUGAUAUGGAUAACCCUGAAAUUACUAAAUCUCAAACAAUAUCUCAAAUUAAUCGUUUGGAAAAAAAAGAAUCUAGUUCCGGAGAAGAAUCAAGUCAAUUGCAGGUGGAUACGGAUAGAUUUAAUAGAAACAGAAUAAAAACAAUUGAUAAGGAUAACCCUGAAUAUUUAAACUCUCGCACUAUAUCUCAAAAUAAUCGUCUGGAAAAUAAGGCAUCUAAAGACAAUUCUAGAAAAAUACCGUCUGAUCUGGACGAUAAUAAUUCUGGAUUUAAUACAAUAAAAACCAUCCACACGGAAUACACGACAAACAAUAAUAAAAAGGACAAAAUAGGUGACAGUCUAACUGGCUUUAAAAUUGAUGAUUACUUGGAUAAAACUAUACCAACUAAGGGUACAGAUUCAAUUGGUCAAGAC